GUUUGGUGAUCUUUUGUGAAAUGAAUUUAAUUUCAUUAGCUUAACAUUAAAUCCAUGUAAAUUAACUGAGAAUAUAAUCUUCGAUAGUCUGACCCGUUCUAUAAAGUGUUUUUCUUCAACUUGGAUUGUGAAUUUGGUAAAAAGUAAUCUUGUGAAAUGUUCAUUUAAUUGACAGUUGUCAGUCUGUUGGUUAACCAGAAGUCUUUGGAGUUUUGUUUGGACAUGUCUAUGGAUCAGUCGAAAAAUCGGAUUUACUAUUAUAGACUGUUUUAACAGCUAAUCAGUUGUAAACUAAUUUUAAUUCAGUUUUUGAUGAAAUUUUUUCUUUUUAAAUAAACCGGUGUUUUUGAUUGUAACCUUGUUUGCAGAGCCAUCUGACGAUCUACUGUUACCGGUUGAUAACAAGAGGAAUGAGUACUUUUUUCACAGUCUGUAAACACUUUUUAUGAUUGAAUUGUUUUGUUUUGGAAGAUAGUUGAAACGUCUGCCUUUCUCUCUUUCGACCUGUUUAAAGAGUCUUCAAAAAAGUGUGCAACGACUGUAGAAAACUGUAAACAUUAACUCCAUUUGCCAACGCACAAGUUUUAGUUUUAGUUUUGAAACCAAAGAGUGUUGAUCAAGUUUACCUGCAACAUGGCAAGUCAAAAUGUUAUCAAGUUAAUUUCAAAGGAUCUAAAAAAUGUUCUCAAGCCGCCCAAAGGAAUGCGAGAUUUUGGUCAGCAACAAAUGCUGAUAAGACGAAAGGUUUUUAAGAUUAUUACUGAAGCCUUCAAAAGAAACGGUGCUUUAGCUUUAGAUACUCCAGUUGUGGAAUCUAAGCAAUUGUUGACCGGUAAAUACGGAGAAGAUUCCAAACUUAUUUACGAUCUUGAAGAACUAGAAGGAGAUGUUCUUUCACUUCGUUAUGAUCUCACGGUGCCGUUUGCCCGUCACCUUGCUCAACAUAAAAUUACCAAAAUGACCCGAUAUUCAAUAAAUGCUGUUUAUCGAAGAGAUAAUCCAUCAAUUACCAAAGGAAGAUUUCGCGAGUUUUAUCAAUGUGAUUUUGAUAUUGCUGGUAAAUUUGAACCAAUAGAGCCGGACUCAAGAUGUCUUAAAGUUCUUUGUGAAGUUUUAAACGAAUUAGAUCUUAAAUCCUUUAUAAUUAAGGUCAAUCAUAGGCUACUCCUUAAUGGAAUGUUUGCUGUAGCUGGUGUACCUGAAGAAAAAUUCAAAACAAUCUGUUCAUCAAUCGAUAAAUUGGGAAAGUUGACUUGGGAAGAAAUUAAACAAGAAAUGUGUAAAGAUAAAGGAUUGGCUGAAUCUGUUGCAGAUCAAAUCGGUGAAAUGAUCAAAUAUCACGGUUCAAUAGAGAUGUUGAAUGAACUUCUUUCAAGCGAUUUGGGAAAAAACGUAAAUGCCAAGAAGGGCUUAGAAGAGUUGAAGAUUCUCUACAAUUUGUGUAAAAAUUCUGGUAUCGAAGGAAAGAUUGAAUUUGAUCUGAGUUUAGCAAGAGGCUUGGAUUAUUAUACAGGCGUUAUUUAUGAAGCAGUUCUACAAGAUGAUGGCCUGGAGGUUGGUUCAAUAGCUGCCGGUGGACGAUAUGAUGGUUUAGUUGGCUUACUUUCCGCUGAUAAACAUGAUGUACCCUGCGUUGGCGUUAGUGUUGGAAUUGAGAGAAUAUUGGCUAUUAUCGAAAAACGUUUUAGUGUAGAACCUUCAAUGGAAGUGGAGUGUUUUGUCAUUUCAAUCGGAAAAGGAAUGGUUGAAGAACGGCUCAAGAUAAUUAGAGAACUAGAUGAUGCUCAGAUCAGCGUUGAUCAUUUGGAUAAAGCCAAUCCCAAAUUGUUACCACAAAUUCAAGCAGCUGAAGAGAAAAACAUCCCUUAUAUUGUGAUGCUGGGUGAAAAUGAAUUGAAAGACGGCAUUGUUAAAAUAAGAGAUGUAAAGACUCGUGCUGAAACGCCUAUCGAACGAGCCAAAUUAGUUGAAGAAUUGAAAAAAAUGCUCAUAGAAAAAAAAUCAGAUCUAACUGGAGAUUCUUCUAAAGGUGAAUCUAACAAAAUUACUAGUACAAAUGAUGCAAUCGAUAAAAUAAUGGGUGGAGACGCCAUUGAUGAUGAGAAAAGUAACCAACUGCUUGGUUUAUAUACACCUAAAGGGAUGCAAGAUUAUGAUCCUGAACGGAUGUUGGACCGAGAAGAAAUUUUUAAUACCAUUGAGAAUACUUUCAAACGAUCUGGUGCUCAACCUCUGGAUACUCCGAUUUGUGAAUUGAAAGAAACUCUACAAGGAAAAUAUGGACCAGAAGAAGAAAAGUUGAUCUUCCAUCUUGCAGAUCAAGGAGGAGAGAUUCUUUCCCUUCGAUACGAUCUUACGGUUCCUUUCGCUCGUUUCUUGACUAUGUUUAAGAUGCACAGUAUGAAACGAUAUCACAUUGGUAAAGUUUAUCGGAUCGACAACCCAGAUUGUACCAAAGGAACAUUCCGUGAAUUUUAUCAAUGUGAUUUCGAUAUAGCGGGACAAUCUGAUUCUAUGAUUGCUGACUCAAGAUGUAUCAGAGUGCUUUACAAGUGUUUAAAAGAUGCUGGACUGCAAUCGUUUAUCAUUAAGGUAAACAUGGUUCCAAUUUUGGAAGGCGUAUUUACUUUAGCUGGAGCUCCUGAAAAGUCAUUCAAAACUUUGUUCAUAGCCAUGGACAAGUUGAAAAAGACUUCUUGGGAUGAAAUUAAACAAAAUUUGCUGAAAGAAACUGGUUUAACUGAGGUUAUUGUCGAUAAAAUCAGAGAUUUGAUACAACAUCGUGGUUCUGAAGAUAAGCUGGAUGAAUUAUUGGCCGGUGAAUUAGGAAAGAUCAAAAGUUCUCAAGAAGCUUUGGAAUCAUUAAAGACUCUAUUUAAAUAUUGUCAAGCUCUUGGAAUAGAUAAAGAUAGCAUUGAAUUUGAUUUAAGUCUAUCUAGAGGUUUAGACUAUUACACCGGACUAAUCUUCGAAGCAUCCCUAAAAGAUCCCGUUGAUCACGGGUUUGGCAGUGUAGCUGGUGGUGGUCGUUAUGAUGGUUUGGUUACUUUAUUAGCGGGAAAAAAGCACAAAGUACCGGCAGUUGGAUUUAGUAUCGGCAGUGACAGAUUACUGACCAUUAAAGACUUCCAAAAAAGCAUCCAAGUUAAAGAAUAACUAUAAUAAUUUAUAAAAUUGUCACGAAUAAACUCGAAGUUUCUUAA